AUGCGUUUCUCCACCAUCGCUUCUGCCGCUGCGCUCGCCCCGGCCGUGGUUUCGGCCACCUACAACGCCGACCUCAAGGACAAGCUGGGUGUGGCCCGCGUCCACAACAAGUGCCCCUACGACGUCUACCUCUGGUCCGUCAGGAAGGGCGACAUGGGCUGUCCCUCGGGCGCCGCCAAGGUCCUCAAGACGGGCGAGUCGUACGAGGAGCAGUACCGCGACCACAAGGACGGCGAGGGCGUCUCCAUCAAAAUCUCCAAGUCGGACAGCUGCAAGGGCGAUAACAUCGACAUCACCCAGCUCGAGUACUUCAUCAACCACGCCAACGCCGACUUCUUCUACAACUUCCUCGACGUCUCCUUCGUCGACUGCCUCGGCGGCAACUGCCCCGGCCGUGACAAGUUCUAUCUGAAGAGCGGCAACAACGGCGAUCCUCGUCUCGCGACCGCUGGCGCCGACAAGGCCAUCUGCCCUGUGCUCUCCUGCUCCUCCAAGGAGGAGUGCGCCACCAUGGCCUACAUCAACCCCGACGACGUCCAGACCAAGUCGUGCGAGCCCGCCGCCGACAUGGACUUCUACCUCUGCGUCUCGUCCCCCGACGAGGGCGUUUCCAACGACGCUCCCAAGCCCUCCGACGAGGAGAAGCCCGCGCCCAGCAGCGUCCAGGAGGCGGCCAGCAAGAUCGACGUCAAGAUCGCCGCUGCUGCCAUCACUCCCGCUCCCGCCGGCGGCGCUCAAAAGCAGCCCAAGAUCAAGACCGAGGUCGUCUACGUUACCGAGUACAAGUACGUCAACGCCAAGAGGCACGGUCAUGGCCACGUCCACAAGCGCUUCCACGCUUAG